UAAUAGUACGGCGCUAUCUGUUAAUUCCACGCAACAUUCAAUUCAACGAGCUUUAGAUGACGCUUUGAAAUCCAGCGUUAGGUCGUCUCUUUGUAGUUUGCGAGAACAAGCGCGUUUUAAUGCUGUCACAUUUCCUCAUGUGGGGGCUUGGUUGAGGGCAAUCCCUAACCCAAAUCUCAGCCUGGCCAUGUCCCCGCGUGAAUUCGUGACUGCUUUGCGUUUGCGCUUAGGAGUUCCAGUGUUUUCACCUCCCCCACGUUCAAUUCGCUGUGUCUGUGGCCAUAUUUUAGAUGUCUUUGGUGACCACGCACUUGGCUGUAGCAGCUCUCUGCGAAUCAGACGACAUGACGCCUUAUGUGACACCGUCUAUCACUGGUUGCUUGUGGAUAAUUCUGGGGUACGAAGAGAGCAGCGGUGUUCUUCUCAAUCCAUGGACAGACCAGGUGAUGUUUUUCAUCCCGACUUCUCUAACGGAAAGGCUGCUUACUUUGAUAUCUCAGUGCGAAAUUCAUUUUCUCCCUCACAUGUCAUCAAUGCAGCUGUAAAGGCUGGUGCUGCUGCUCAAGCUGGGGAAAUGGAGAAAGACGAACGCCACGACUCAAAUGUUUCCUCGUAUGGUUGCUUGUUCUAUCCUUUGGUUGUUGAGUCAUAUGGAGUCUGAUCAGAACAUAGUCUUGAACUGCUGAAGUCUAUUGCCAAGAAGUCUACUCUGUCUACAGGUCACAGUUUCAGCCGAGCUAUUACUAACCUUCAUGAACAACUGUCUGUGAAACUGUGGCAAUACAACUCUCGCAUGAUAACUGAACAUCUAGAUGUUUUGUCUGUAGCAAGUGUUUGUAGUGGUGUUUUUCAGUAGUGUUCCGUCCAUUGGGCGGUUAU